AUGGAUUCAUUCCUUCAGGAACAAGUAGAUGACAUUCCCUCAAACACACCCACUACUAAAGCAAUAAAUGACGCUGCUGCUGCUGCUGCUGCUGAUGAUGAUGAUGAGAAGGGGACCAUAUCUGAAGAGACACGUAAAAUAAAUGAAACUAUGCAAGCUAUUGAAAACCAAGUGACAAAGACAUUUGAAUUGACUAAAUCUAAAUUACGUGAUGUAGUGGAGGAGAAAGAUAAUGGAAUUGAAUUAAAGAUUCCAAUUUUGGAUGAUGAGACUACUGAAAGGGCUAAUUAUUAUUUAGGACAAUUGGAUUCAAAUUUAGCUAAUGUGGAAAAUUUAGCUAGUUCUUAUUGGAAUAAAGUUAGUUCAAAGACUGGCGGAUUUUGGUCUUCCAUGAAUGAAGCUUUGGAUAAGAUUGUUGCUCUUGAUGUUGAAGAAUCAUCAAAAGAGAAUGAACAACAAGUUAUUGUUGUUGCUGGGAAUAGAACGGAGGCAGAAUUAAAGAACCUUUCAAACGAUAAGAAUAUAUAUUUGAAAAAGAAAGAAAAAGAUAAUAGUAGUGAUACAGAACAUAAUUUUAACAUUGAAUCAGAUGAAAUUACGAAGGAAAUUUCAACGAUUUUACAAAAUGAUAAAGAUUUGGAAAAAUUAAUGAAUUCUAUAGUACCACAUGAUGUUGAUUAUAAGACAUUUUGGCAAAUAUAUUUUACGGAAAGGGAACAGAUAUUAGCUAGAGGUGAGGAAAGGAAGAAAUUAUUGAAUAAAAGUAAAAAAAUUGACAAUUCGGAAAAGAAGACAAAGUAUGAAACCGUGGAAGAAGUCAGUUGGGACGACGAUGAUGAUGAUGAAGAAGAGGAAGGAGGAAAAGGGCAGGAAAAAGACAAGCAUAUAAAAGAACAUGAACCUGAGAAUGGAACUGACCGUGGCGAAUCGCCAGUAGUUAUUGAGAAAGCAGAUAUUCCUGACGUUGCAUCCGUUGCAAAGGCUAAUGAAGACACGAAAAUAAAAAACUCCGAAGAUCAAGAUGAUGAAGAUGAUGACGAUUGGGAGUAG